CUAGACCGAGGACCGUUUCACCAAGAAGACGAUUAUUUGGCGUCACUCAUAUCAGCAUUCGCGUCUCAUGCUCGAGAGCUUCCGUUUGCACCACACGUUUUUAAUGCUCCAGUCCCUGAUGACCUACAUUACAAGACUACAGAUAGUUACAGGAUGGCAUCACGGCGGUGGAAUGAUUUUGUGGCGAUUGGCCAAAAAAUCGAUCAUAGUAAAAAUAGACUUCUCUACUGCAUUGCGGGCCAGUUCCUGGUCGAGAUGAUCCCCCAACUCUCCUCAGGCUAUGACAACAGCUUCACCCUUUCUCACCCAGACCUGCAUGUUGGCAAUAUAUACGUCGAUGACGAUCUCAACAUCACAUGUAUCAUUGACUGGAGUUCGGCGUCGACAGGCCCCAUCGCUGAGUUGCUCGCGACUCCAGGACUAGGGGGCUCAGCCAGACCGCCUUCAGAGUCCCUCACUGCUGCUUUUCGAACGGGCUUUAGCCAACGAUCUACGAAGAUAGGCUCUGAGGGUUCCCUUUUGAAGCUCUGGCAAGUAUCGGAUUAUAUGUGGUCCUUCUCUCGACUAGUUCGGCUACUUUCAAGAAAUGACUAUGAACAUUUCCGACGAUUGUUCGAGCUCAUACAUCAACCAAGCGCUGAGGAGAAAGAUAUUCUUCAUUUAUUGCAUGAACGAGCCAAGAGUGAUGAGAACAGGAAGCUGGUUGCCGAGCUACAAGAAGACGACAUGACCACAUCAGAAGUACAGGAACAGGAGCGAAUGGCAAUAUCUUCCACCAGACGUGCAAAUUCCGACGCCGUUGCGAUAGCAAGAAAGCUGACGCUGAUGUCGGAGAUGAAUCCGGGUUUCUUUGCCAACCACGUUUUAUGGCAAUGGGUUGAAGAAGCCCUCAAGCACGAUGGUCCUCCAUAG